AUGGCAGAGUUUUGGAAACGCACGGUGGACGGGCAAGAACAAGUCCACACUGGACUGGGAUGGCGACCUAUAAUUCCUGCCGAUGGCAACAAGGCUCAGGACGGGCUUCCGGUGAUCGACCUGUCCGAUAUUUAUGACGCAGACGUCAAGAAGCGCAAGAGAUUGGCCACAGAAGUCUGUGACGCCUGUGUCAAGUAUGGAUUCUUCUACGCCAGCAAUUUUGGAAUCUCUCAAGAUGAGAUCACCACGGUGUUCUCCGAGGCGAAGCGGUUCUUCACCGAGUUGACAUUGGAGGAGAAGCUCGAGCUGGAUACAGCAAAACAUGACCAUUAUUGGGGUUACUAUCCCCGUUACAAGCUUGGGGAACAUGCUGGAGGUUCGAAUCUCAAUGAGGGUAUGAACUUCGGAUACGAGCCAUCCGUUGAUCCUGAAGCAAGAGAAGGUGCACAGGGCUCCAACUGGUGGCCACAAGAGAGUAAACUUCCAGGGUUCCAAGCCAAAACCCAACAACACAUGACACGAAUGUUGAAGCUCAGUCGUGCACUACUGCGGCUCUUCGCCCUGGGCUUAGGAUUAGAUGAACACGACCUUGACUACGCUGCCACUGAACCUUACUCGAUACUCAAGAUGUGCUACUACCCAAAACCAAGUGCCGACUUCGACGAGGCGUCCAGUCUUCGACCACAUACUGAUUUUGAACUGCUGACAAUCCUUUUGCAAGACGAUAUUCCAUCGCUGGAGGUCCUGUCAACGACAGGGUCAUGGAUCUCCGCGAAGCCCAUUCCUGGGACCCUCGUUGUGAACAUUGGAGACUCGCUGUCCAUGCUGACGAAUGGGUUGUUUGUAUCUACAAUGCAUAGGGUGAUCAACAAUUCAGGGCGCGAUAGAUACUCUAUCCCGUUUUUUCUUGGUGCCAACAAGGAGACAGAGCUUAAAGCUCUUCCAGGCUUCGUGACAGAAAAGAAUCCUCCACGUUUCCAAGCGGUCAAUUCCGAAGACUACAUACGUCGGUCCCUGCAGUUGGCAUACUCGAAACCGAAUGUCAAGUCGGAUCUUGGUACAAUCGAGGUGAAUGGAUAA